GCAGUGUACUUUUGACAGCGCUACGUCAAACGUGUUGUGAUGUAGUAUUUUGUGAGGCGAGUUUUAGCAAACUAUUGCAGUAUUGAUGUUAAAUUAUUUUUAAAAAUUAAAAUUGAGAGACAGAGCUGCAAAAUUAACCAAAUUUUUUUCGUCUUCAAAGCAGUAAAAAUGAAAGUAUAAUUCGAAUCGUAAAAUAUCCUAUUGUUUCACCGCUGCUUUAUUUGGAUAACAAAUCCUAAUGACGUGGAAAACUGAUUAGACAUCCUGCGAUCAGCUUGCAGUAUCAUAAAUAUAUUGGAUCUAUUUCUGUUAUAGAAUAGUAUUAAAUUUACCUUAAAAAUGUUCGAGAUAAGUGACACACAAAAAAUCGGAGUUGGACUGGCGGGUUUUGGGGUAGCUUUUUUAUUUCUAGGGGUUUUGCUUCUUUUUGAUAAGGGUCUACUAGCCAUUGGAAACAUACUUUUUAUUUGUGGAUUAGCCUGCGUAAUUGGGUUAGAGCGGACAUUUAGGUUUUUCUUUCAGAAGCACAAAGUAAAAGCUUCGAUUGCAUUUUUCGGUGGCAUAGUGAUCGUUCUGCUGGGAUAUCCGCUGAUCGGUAUGUUGAUCGAAACCUACGGAUUUAUUUUGCUGUUUAGCGGCUUCUUCCCGGUAGCCAUUAAUUUUUUGCGAAGGGUGCCGGUGUUAGGCAGCUUUCUAAAUAUGCCCGGUGUCAGUAAGGUUGUGGAUCGACUUGCUGGAGACUCGAAUCGAACUACGGUAUGAUAGCGCUAAGGUCACUAGUUUAGUAAAGUUUUUUUUGUAAGAAAUGGAAUCCUCUGCUACCUAAAGGGAGCUUAACUCUAACACGUCAAUCACCUGCUGGAAAAGUGUCAUUAGUUUGACGAAAUACUUCUAAAGAAAUGUUGUGAUGUACAUGACCAAAACUGUUUUGUUAUUCAUACUUCGAGUCCUUGGCACUUCACUAAGUAGUUCUUCAACUGAUUAUUAUAUUAUUAUGUACAAAAAAUAUUGUUUUCGCUCAGGCGAAUUAGCAGCAUUUUAAUUGGCAAAUAAGUUCAAUUGAGAUUCGCAAUAGGUUGGAAGCGAUGAAAAUAACUUCCCGCUGAUUGUAUUUCGUGCUGCAUUAAACUAUUACUAAUUGUGAAAUAUUAUUUUUCAAACAA